CUCCAAGCAUCCUAAACUCCUUUUUCAGAGAAGAAAUUAGCAUAAACAAACAGAAGAAAACUUUUCUAUUCACUUUUCCCAGAGAAGAAAAUGGCUGAGAAAAUGAACCAGCAGGUGCACCCCUUCGCACAAGUAAAUAAGCAACCCAGAAGUGAUGAAGAGUCUGGUACUCUGACAUCUGAUCAGGAGCUCAGGCGAAAGAAAAGGAUCAAGUUGGCCAUAUAUAUUGCUGCUUUUGCUGUGUUUCAGACCAUUGUUAUCUUGGUCUUUGCACUCACUGUGAUGCGUGUAAAGACCCCUGAGGUCAGGUUGGGCACUGAUGUCACGUUCCAGAACUUCAAAACUGGAACCCAAGCAUCACCUUCCUUUGACUUGAGCUUCACAACCCAAGUUGGAGUUAAGAACUCAAACUUUGGUCCCUACAAAUUUGAUAGCACCAUUGCCACGUUCAUGUACGAGGGUGUAACAGUAGGGCAAGUGACUAUUCCUAAAGGUAAGGCUGGGCUGCGUUCUACCAAAAAAGUUACUGUCACAGUUAAUGUGAAUUCAAAUGCUCUGCAAAGCACUACUAGUCUUGGAAGUGAAUUAGGUGCUGGUGUAUUAACUCUGAACAGCCAGGCAAAGCUUAGUGGGAAAGUGGAAUUGAUGUUUGUGAUGAAGAAGAAGAAGUCCGCCGAAAUGAAUUGCACGAUGGCCAUUGAAGUGUCAACAAAGGCGGUCCAAUCUAUGAAUUGCGAAUAAAUAUAAAAGAUAUUUAGCUUUCUUUUGUUUUUAUUCUAUUCUUUUGCUGGAUUUUAUAAUUAUGUGAGAAUACUUCUAUUGACAACAUUUUAC